AUGGUGUCCAAGCUCACGUCGCUCCAGCAAGAACUCCUGAGCGCCCUGCUGAGCUCCGGGGUCACCAAGGAGGUGCUGGUCCAGGCCUUGGAGGAGUUGCUGCCAUCCCCGAGUUUCGGGGUGAAGCUGGAGACGCUGCCCCUGUCCCCUGGGAGCGGGGCCGAGCCGGACACCAAGCCGGUCUUCCAUACUCUCACGAACGGCCACGCCAAGGGCCGUCUGUCCGGGGACGAGGGCUCCGAGGACGGGGACGACUAUGACACCCCUCCCAUUCUCAAGGAGCUGCAAGCCCUCAACACCGAGGAGGCGGCGGAGCAGCGGGCGGAGGUGGACCGGAUGCUCAGCGAGGACCCUUGGAGGGCUGCCAAAAUGAUCAAGGGCUACAUGCAGCAACACAACAUCCCCCAGAGGGAGGUGGUCGAUGUCACCGGCCUGAACCAGUCACAUCUCUCCCAGCAUCUCAACAAGGGCACCCCUAUGAAGACCCAGAAGCGCGCCGCCCUGUACACCUGGUACGUCCGAAAGCAACGGGAGAUCCUCCGACAAUUCAACCAGACAGUCCAGAGUUCUGGAAAUUUGACAGACAAAAGCAGUCAGGAUCAGCUGCUGUUUCUCUUUCCAGAGUUCAGUCAACAGAGCCAGGGGCCUGGGCAGUCCGAUGAUGCCUGCUCUGAGCCCACCAACAAGAAGAUGCGUCGCAACCGGUUCAAAUGGGGGCCCGCGUCCCAGCAAAUCUUGUACCAGGCCUACGACCGGCAAAAGAACCCCAGCAAGGAAGAGAGGGAGGCCUUAGUGGAGGAGUGCAACAGGGCAGAAUGUUUGCAGCGGGGUGUCUCCCCCUCCAAGGCCCACGGCCUGGGCUCCAACCUGGUCACUGAGGUCCGCGUCUACAACUGGUUCGCGAACCGCAGGAAGGAGGAGGCAUUCCGGCAGAAGCUGGCCAUGGACGCCUACAGCUCCAGCCAGACGCACGGCCUGAACCCGCUGCUCUCCCACGGCUCCCCUCCCCACCAGCCCAGCACCUCCCCUCCCAACAAGCUGCCAGGAGUGCGCUACAGCCAGCAGGGAAACAAUGAGGUCACUUCCUCCUCAACAAUCAGUCACCAUGGCAACAGCGCCAUGGUGACUAGCCAGUCUGUUUUACAGCAAGUCUCUCCAGCCAGCCUGGACCCGGGCCACAAUCUCCUCUCACCUGAUGGUAAAAUGAUCUCAGUCUCAGGAGGAGGUUUGCCCCCGGUCAGCACCUUGACGAAUAUCCACAGCCUGUCCCACCACAAUCCCCAGCAAUCUCAAAACCUCAUCAUGACCCCCCUCUCUGGAGUCAUGGCCAUUGCACAAAGCCUCAACUCCUCCCAAGCUCAGAGCGUCCCUGUCAUCAACAGUGUGGCCGGCAGCCUGGCAGCCCUGCAGCCCGUCCAGUUCUCCCAGCAGCUGCACAGCUCUCAUCAGCAGCCCCUCAUGCAGCAGAGCCCGGGCAGCCACAUGGCCCAGCAGCCCUUCAUGGCCACUGUGACGCAGCUGCAGAACUCACACAUGUAUGCACACAAGCAGGAACCCCCCCAGUAUUCCCACACCUCCCGGUUUCCAUCGGCAAUGGUGGUCACAGAUACCAGCAGCAUCAGUACGCUCACCAACAUGUCUUCCAGUAAACAGUGUCCUCUCCAAGCCUGGUGAUGCCCACACAUCACUUACUUUGUGCGCAGCAACAAGGACCCUAUUUUCCACACCAUCACCCUCCAGGCAGCUGUCGCGGAAAAGCGCGCAGUGACCUGACAAGCAGCACCUGCGAGAGGUCCCUGCUCACCUGACAUCCUGCCAGCGCCUCGGACAAUCCGCUCUGAGAGGCGCGGCCCAGAGCCCAGCUUCCCUUCUAUGCAGUAUUGUCACGAUGCCUCUCCCAAGACGUCAAGCUCUCCCGUCUGGUCUGUCCUAAAGGCGGGAGAUGAGAAACCGAGGAAGAGGAAGAGAGAGAAAGCCGGAGCGUCUACAUUAUGCUCCUUCAUCGAACAAACUGAUGUGAAAACUUGAAUCUGUUACUGAAAUGAGGCGAGGAGGACACGUGCUAUUGAACUGAGCCAAACACACUGUAAAUAUCAGCCACCUCCCUCCCCCACCCCCCAUCCCGGCUGACCUGGAGAUUUCUUUUAAAGAAGUAAAUUUGUCCAAUGGGUGUAAACUAUAAACUACU